UUAUGGGCACAGAUUUGAACCCUGGUCUCAAGAGUCAUCCGUUCAAUGCUAAAACCACUAUAUUACUGCUUUUUUGUUGUUUGCAUAGAUCUACCUGGACAUGCAGAGCUUUGAAAAGUCCUUUUUUUUGAGCAAGUUGCAGAAUCCUCUUGCCAGAAUAGUGCUGUUCCAAAAAUGGUAGGUUUUUUAAAGCUUUGGUUUCAUGACAUAGAGUACAUUGUAUAUUGUAGAAUUAACGUAGUGUGACACCACUUUAACUGCCAUGUCUUCAUGCUAUACAACCAUGGGAGUUGUAGUUUUACAAGGUUUUUAGCCUUCUCUGCCAAAGAGUGCUGGUGCCUCACCAAACUUCCAGCCCCAGGAAUCCAUAGCAUUGAGCUAUGGGAGUUAAAGUUGUGUCAAACUGCAUUAAUAUUACAGUAUAGAGAUGCACCCAUAGACUGUAAUUAAUUCUGGCCUUGGAAGCAUGCCUUCUCUUAAUUCAAAUCAAAUCCAUACAACACUCUUUACCAGACAGAUGGAGUAUUUCUCUUUAAAAUGGUUGUUUCCAAAAAUGUUCCCCUAUAAAUAUUUUCUACAUUUUUAAUAAAUUAUCCUGCUGCCAAACUUGGAAUGAAACUUUAAAGCCAUUUGGUUUAAAGGGACCCUCCAGUUUUAAAUAACUGACUCUGCUAUGUGCUACAAUGGUGUUUUCCUGUUUUAGAAGUGGAAUAAACAAUUUUUUAGAGUCUUGUUUCCAAAGCUAUAAUGCUAAUCAGAAAGAGAUGCCACGUGUGGAAGAUGUAUGAGAAACCCAAAAGCGUUGCUGUUAAUGCAGAGGAUCCAAAUUAUUUUAUUGUGUUUUAAUCUUAGGGCUAUGUCUUUUAAUAUAUGUGUUUUCAUGGUCUCGUGUAUUUAAUCUUAUGUAUUUUAACAGUGUUGUAGCCUGGUUCGAGUCUUGAAGCGAGGCGGGCAAAAAUAAAAUUUAUUCUUCGUAAUAUUAACAUUCAUUUGAAACUUGAACUUUGUCUUAUGGGUAAGCAGUUGGAGAAAAAUCAUAGAAGACUACUGUAAUACAGUGAUUAGAGCUACAAUAUAGUGAUCACAGUUUUAUGCACAGAGAUGGAAGAAUACAUCUCCACCAACAAAUGAGCUCCUGCCUGGGGGAAUCCUUUGUUGGGUGGUGUUAGCUGGCCCUGAUUGUUUCCUGUCUGGAAUUCCCCAGUUUUCUGAGUGUUUUUUUUAAUUUACUGUCCUGAUUUCAAGGUGGCCAAUUGGAACAUUCAAACUUACCUCAAACAGGGUUGUUGUAUGUCUUUCGGGCUGUGUGGCCAUGUUCCAGAAGUAUUCUCUCCUGACAUUUCGCCCACAUCUAUGGCAGGCAUCCUCAGAGGUUGUGAGGUAUGGAUAAACUAAGUAAGGAAAGGAAAGAAUAUAUAUCUGUGUAUAGUCCAAGGUGUGGCAAGAGUCCUUUGUCACUGGGAGCCAGCAUUAAUGUUUCAGUUAAUCACCCAAAUUGGCAUUGGAAAUGUUUUGUCCCUUGCCUGGGGGCAUCCUUUGUUCAGUCAAGUCCUCAUUGUGUUGGUUCCCGUUCUAAUGUUUUGAUUUUGGAGUUUUGUAAAACUGGUAGCCAGAUUUUGUUCAUUUUCAUGGUUUCUUCCUUUCUGUUGAAGUUGUCCACAUGCUUGUGGAUUUCAAUGGCUUCUCUGUGUAGUCUGACAUGAUAGUUGUUUGAAUGGUCCAGCAUUUUUGUGUUCUCAAAUAGUAUUCUGUGUCCAGGCUGGAAUUCCCCAGUUUUCUGAGUGUUUUUUUUACUUACUGUCCUGAUUUCAAGGUGGCCAAUUGGAACAUUCACACUUACCUCAGACAAUUGGCUACCUUCAUUAGCAUUAAAUGGCCUUGCAGCUUCAAAUCCUGGCUGCUUCCUGCCUGGGGGAAUCCUUUGUUGGGAGGUGUUAGCUGGCCUGAUUGUUUCCUGUCUGGAAUUCCCUAGUUUUCUGAGUGUUUUUCUUUACUUACUGUCCUGAUUUCAAGGUGGCCAAUUGGAACAUUCACACUUACAUCAAACAGACAAUGGCCUCGAAGCUUCAAAGCCUGGCUGCUUCCUGCCUGGGGGAAUCCUCUGUUGGGCAGUGUUAGCUGGCCCUGAUUGCUUCCUGUUUGGAAUUCCCCAGUUUUCUGAGUGUUUUUUUUUUUUACUUACUGUCCUGAUUUCAAGGUGGCCAAUUGGAACAUUCACACUUACCUCAAACAGACAAUUGGCUACCUUCAUUAACAUUAAAUGGCCUUGCAGUUUCAAAUCCUGGCUGCUUCCUGCCUGGGGGAAUCCUCUGUUGGGCAGUGUUAGCUGGCCCUGAUUGCUUCCUGUUUGGAAUUUCCCAGUUUUCUGAGUGUUUUUUUUUUUUUACUUACUGUCCUGAUUUCAAGGUGGCCAAUUGGAACAUUCACACUUACCUCAAACAGACAAUUGGCUACCUUCAUUAGCAUUAAAUGGCCUUGCAGCUUCAAAUCCUGGCUGCUUCCUGCCUGGGAGAAUCCUUUGUUGGGAGGUGUUAGCUGGCCCUGAUUGUUUCCUGUCUGGAAUUCCCUAGUUUUCUGAGUGUUUUUCUUUACUUACUGUCCUGAUUUCAAGGUGGCCAAUUGGAACAUUCACACUUACAUCAAACAGACAAUGGCCUCGAAGCUUCAAAGCCUGGCUGCUUCCUGCCUGGGGGAAUCCUCUGUUGGGCAGUGUUAGCUGGCCCUGAUUGUUUCCUGUCUGGAAUUCCCCUGUUUUCUGAGUAUUGUUCUUUAUUUAUUGUCCUGAUUUUCGACUCUUUCCUCUCCCAACGCAGAGGCUUAAAGCGGCAAUAAAACUUGUUUGUGUUCUUUGCUUUCCCCAUCUCCCCUUUUUUCAUUGGCUCCGGACCUCUCCUAAAGUUUACCUAUUGGCUCAGAUUAGGGAGUGGGGUGGGACUUAAAUAACAUCCAACCAAUCAAGCAUAAGUAGUCUCCUUGCCACGCCUCGCCGCUUCUCCUCCGUGGCCACGCCUCCCAGUGUUGUGAUUGGCCGAGGAGGAUUCGAAGCCGUAACAUCCGGGUCCCUCAGAGGAGGAGCCCUAGACUAGAGUUGAGACAGAGAUAGGGAAAGGGAGGGGCGAGAAGAGAGAGAGAGGCAGGAGUAGCGGACCAGAGAGGGAACCGCCCCAGCCCUCCAAAGGGAUCUCCCAUUGUAGCAGAAAGUUACGGCAUCAUGGCAGAGCCGCCGAUAGAAGAUGAAGGGGAUGAAGCAGCCCAAGGCCAAGCAAAGCAGGAGUCAACUCACCAGGCCACGGUGGCAGCCAAGAAUCUCGCCAUCUUGAAGGCUCGAUCCUUUGACGUCACGUUUGAGGUGGGAGAUGAAUAUGAGGUCAUUGAGACGAUCGGCACCGGAGCUUACGGUGUGGUCAGCUCCGCACGUCGCAAGGAUACAGGCCAGCAGAUGGCCAUCAAGAAAAUCCCCAAUGCCUUUGAUGUGGUGAUGAAUGCGAAGCGCACUCUGCGGGAGCUGAAGAUCCUUAAGCAUUUCAAGCAUGACAACAUAAUCGCUAUCAAGGAUAUCCUUAAACCCACUGUGCCUUAUGCUGAAUUCAAAUCUGUGUAUGUGGUGCUGGAUUUGAUGGAGAGUGACCUGCAUCAGAUCAUCCAUUCUUCUCAGCCUCUUACCUUGGAGCAUGUCCGCUACUUCCUCUACCAGCUUUUGCGGGGACUCAAAUACAUCCAUUCGGCCAACGUCAUUCAUCGGGACCUCAAACCCAGCAAUCUGUUGAUCAAUGAGAACUGUGAACUUAAGAUUGGGGACUUUGGUAUGGCCCGAGGUCUCUGCACCAAGCCGGACGAGUACAAGUACUUCAUGACAGAGUAUGUGGCCACCCGCUGGUACAGGGCUCCUGAGCUGAUGCUCUCCCUCCAUGAGUAUACCCAGGCCAUAGAUAUGUGGUCAGUUGGGUGCAUUUUUGCCGAGAUGCUUGGGCGGAAGCAGCUCUUUCCAGGGAAGAAUUACAUCCACCAGCUUCAGCUCAUCAUCACCGUCCUGGGCACUCCUCCGGCCAAAGUGGUCCAUUCCAUUGGAGCUGACCGGGUGCGGGCCUACAUCCAGAGCCUGCCUUCGCGCCAGCCGGUGCCAUGGGAGACCCUCUAUCAGAAUGCCGACCGGAAGGCCUUGUCUUUGCUUUCAAAGAUGCUCCGCUUUGAUCCCCGUGAGCGAAUAUCAGUGGUGGAGGCCCUGAAUCACCCCUUCCUGGCCAAGUAUCACGACCCAGAUGAUGAGCCCAACUGCGUCCCGGCUUUUGAUUUCGAUUUUGACAAACAGGUACUCACCAAGGAGCAGAUCAAAGAAGCCAUAGUGGCCGAAAUCAAUGACUUCCAUGAGCGCCGGGAGGGCAUUCGGCGCCAGAUCAGCUUCAAGCCAACCUUGAGGCCGGCUGCUAUUGGCGGGGGUUAUGGGGAUGAAACCUCCAGCCAAACUCAGCUUCUGUACUGUCAUGACGUGGAUAUGCCCAGUGCUGGUUCACCUAGAAUGGCAGAUGGUGACUAUGCAAUGGCGUCUCCUGUCCUAUGCUCCCUGACGGAGACAAUAGAUCUCACCUCACCCCUCACAACCACAGCUGUGGUACAGCCCGAGGUGAAGGCUGAAGCAGAAGUCCCCGCAGCUCCUCCCAAGAGGGAAGGGGCCAUCUCAGAUGACACUAAGGCUGCCCUCAAGGCUGUUAUCUUAAAAUCCGCCCUCCGAAAUAAGAAUAAAGAUACGCCAUCCUGUGUCCCAGAGACUCCUGAUAUCCGAAGGCCAGUGACGGCAAAGGAGCGCCAACGGGAGCGAGAAGAGAAACGCAAGCGGCGCCAGGAACGAGCCAAGGAGCGGGAGAAGCAGAAGAAGGAGAAAGAGAGAGAGCGCAGGGACAUGCUGACAGAGAAUGACCGCAACCUUCUGGAAAGGUGGACCAAAAUGGUGGACCGAACCCAAAGCAAGCCAGCCCAGAAUGGGUCUGCAGCCCUUCCGCAGACAACCGCACCCAGCCACAACCUGCCUCAAGCCCCUUCUAGCAACCACUUGCCACCUCAGGUGCCCCCUGCUUGCCAUAUCCCGGCUACCCCUUCCAGCAACACACCUGCACCGGCUGACUUUCUUACUUUCUCAGACAAGGGAGUGCCUGCCGUGGGACCCAAGCUGACAAUUGUCCCUGUGGGUUCAGUUCAGAGCUCCAAUACAAACGUGGUGCAUUUUUUCCCAGCGCAGACUGCCCCGUUCCUGGUGGCCACCCCAGCUUGCCAAAAAGCCACCCCCUCAAAGCCAGAGUGCCUCCUGAGUGUCAAAUACGCCCCCAGCCAGAUCUUCCAAGCCCCUUAUGGUGUUGCGGCACUGAACGCUUGGAGCGGUGUCCCCUCGCCUGAGAGCUGGGCUGCGUCAGGUCAGCUGCCAGUGACCCAACCAGAGAUAGCAUCUUCCAGUAGCGCCCUGCCCGAACAAACAAGUUUUGGGACCACUAUGGAGCAGCCUCUGUUCCUGGCAGAAAUGGGCAAGCCUGAGCCUCCACCAUCAGGUUUUGCUGAAGAAACAUCAUCAGUGGCAAAGGGGCCUGCUCAGCACCAGAUAACCUCAGGCCUGCCUUUGGAACCUCCAGAUAUUAAUGUGGUAACACAGCAGCUGUCUAAAUCCCAGGUGGAAGAUCUCCUGCCUCCUGUUUUCUCUGGCACCCCAAAAGGCAGUGGUGCUGGCUAUGGGGUUGGGUUUGACUUGGAAGAAUUCCUGAAUCAGUCUUUCGAUAUGGUAGGAGAGAACAGAGAAAGCCAAGGAGAUUCUGCCCCUCUUUCGGCCUCCCUUCUUGCCGACUGGUUGGAAGUCCAUCGGAUGAACCCAGCCGAUAUGGAGUCCCUCCAACAAGAACUCCAGCUGGGCUCUCCCAUGAUCCUGUCCGACAUUCCCGACCUCCAGGAUGCAUGAAAAGCUGGAAUCCUGUCUGCCAUUUUCUUCUAUUCCAAAACCAUUGCUUGGAGGUGGGAAGGAAAAAAACAACAACAACAAAAGCCCAACAAAGGCUGAACUUGGAGAGUUCAAAACUGAUCCAUUUGCCUUCUCAAUUACUCCGGCUGGGAACCGCAGUGCCUGUGUCUUUGUGUUGAAGCAAAGGCUGAACUGGGCUGGUGUUUGGACUGAAGGACUUUCCCAGAAAGGUGUAAGGUGAUGGUGUGUUCUACCUAUGUCACCUUGUGUUGGGUGUGUUUUGGCAAGCAGGAAUGAAAGCUGUCCCAAGACUGCAGGGACAAUACUAAGGGCGUGUGUGUGUUUGUGCAUUGCUUGUUGCCUCUGAAACAGGUGUCAAGUAAAUUCCUUCCUGACCCCUCACUGUGUCUUCCUUACCUCCUAGCCAAUAUUGGUUUUUAUGCAUAGGGUAUCGAGAGGUGUUUGAAGGGGCAAAUAUCUGGAGAAAAACUUCUCCAGAAACAGUAAAUACAGCUAUAGCUUACUUUGUCCUUAGCCUUGUGAAAUAGUUGGAUUGUAACAGAAGAGAGAUAAAAAGCCCUGCCAGUUGGUGUAUUCUAUUAGUUAUCAAUUUAGAUUGAUUCUCUGUGUUUGGACUGGUUGCAGCAAGUAACCAGUCUCUUCUUGAACUACUUUAACUGGAAAUGCCAAGAAUUAACCUUAGGGCAUUCUAAAGAUGGCUGGAUGAGGGAGGGAUGGGGCAUUAGGUGCAACUCUUAUCAGCUCGUCAGUAUAACCAGGGAUGAUGGGAGUAGCAUUCAAAGACACUAGAGCGGGUACAGUUGCCUAGUCCUGCUCUGUAAUAUGUGCUCUGCUUAUGCUAUAAUGUCAGUCCCUUAUAUGGCAACUACUGUGAUUUCCCAAACCCAGUGUUCAGGAGAACCUGGGAAUGGCUGGUGUUGGUACUUUGGGGACUGAGUAAAGUUUCUACUCUCACACGUAUGUAUGUGUACAUGUGAAGUCCACAUGGAAAUGAGCUUUACCUUUUCAGGACUCACUUAAAUCCAGAGUUGUCAUAUUGUCAUCCAAAAGAAGUAUCCUCGAUACACAGCCCCAGUCAGUGUUACAAUGACUUUAAUUGUUUUGUAGGAAAGGUGGUGGGCAUUCUGUCCGAAGAAGCAAAAGUUCCAUCUUGGAUGUAAUAUGGCAACCCUACCAGACUCCCGUUUUGUAUUGUGGCAGUAGCUUGUUCCUAUGCAUAGCCUCAUUUCUGUGGACAGUUGUUGCCAUUUGCAGCUAGUCAGCUUUGACUUAAUGGUGACUCGUUCAAUGUGUUGAGGUUGUAGAAGUAAAUAAAUAGAUGCUUUACCACAGUUUCUGAAUCAAGAUAAACCCUGCAGUAUAAUAAAAUGCCACUCAGGCUUGUGUAACAAGUAACAGUAUCUUUACUUCAGUUCAAAAGUUCAAACAGGGCAACAAUAUAUAUAGUAACCUUUCUGAAUUCACACAGAGAACAUAGGGAAUAAACAGUUCCUUUAAAUAUGCCUUAUUUGCCUUAUAAGUAAUCAGGCUUCGGAGAGUAUGGCAGCCAUUUCCUUCCUGACCAUUUUCCAGUCAGCUGCUCUCCUCCCUCUCCGAGAUGAAAGUGGCAGUUAAAACCGUUUGUCUCAGCACCAAGCUAGAGACAGCAGCCAAUUGGAAUUCUGGCUCCUGACUGGCUCAGCCAAUCAGCUGUUCCCACAUGCCCUUUCCAGUCAACUCAUCACAUCGUGGUGCCUCUUUUACAAACCCUCACACAGUGAAAGGUCGCCAAGACACAACUUUGCCCAGAUCCUCAGGGCUGUGGCUAAUUUGAUAGAGCCUAUCUACUUGUAAUACAGUCUUCCUCUUUUCCUACUGCCUCCCACUUUAUCAGACAUUAUCUUUGUAAAUGUUGUCUAAUGAUGUGGUCAAACUACAGUAGCUUUCAUUUAGUCAUUUUUGGCUUCAUGCUUGAUUUGUGGCACUGCAUGCAUCCGUAGAACCCUUUUCCAGGAUCACAUUUCAAAUGUUGAUUCUCUUUUUCACACUUUUUUUUUUUACUAUCCAGCUUUUAUACCUAUAUCAAAACAUUUGUUCCGGGCUUGAAUUCAUGCAGAAAUUCAGCCCAUUCAACAUCUUUCCCCUGUUCUUUGUGGGAGAGAAUCCUUUGCUUCCCGGCAUCCACACUGACCUCUCACUCGGUGCCUUGAAAGCUUAUUUUCUUGCAGGUAUGACCUGACAACUGGUGCCAUUUUCUGCCGGGUCUGCGGUUGAAAGGAAAUGCCCAUGUAUUCUAAGGAUAUUAUGGAUCUCCUUUCUAUAAAAGGGGCAUUCUGUGUUUCUCCACUUACGACUUGCAGAACUCACUUUAGUGUGCCCAUGGGUCAUUCUCUGCAAGCUGUACAUUGUGCUGUCACUGUGCCACCCCAAAGUCCCCUUCAUACAUGACAGCAAUCUUAGGAAGUUUGUGGUGCAACAUUAUUAUCUUGAAAUGAAGAAAUAUAUUUCCAUUGAAAUUAUUGGACAAAAACUCCCAGAAACGUUGACCAUUAUGACCAAUAAGAAAGGAAUAUGGUAGUUGUAGUCAACAGCUCUGUCUAAAAGCCACAAAGGCACCUGUCAGAUUAAACCUAAGCAGGGUCAGUCCUGGUUCACACUUGAAUGGGAGAUUGCCAGCAAAUACAGGGUAGCGUAGGCCAUGUUUCAGAGGAAGUGGCAAAACCACAUCUGAGUAUCCCUUAUCUAAGAAAACUCUAUUGAAUUCAUGGGGUCCCUAUAACUUGACAGGCAACUUGAAGAUACAUAGUCAACAUCUGAAGGGCCAAAGCUUUCUAGAUGUUACUGUAUUUAUUUCUGGAAAUAACAUCUGCAAUGUAAUAAAACCGCAAUGUGUUCCAUAAGUUUUUCUUUGGCAAGGAAUACUCAUAAGUGGUUAUGCCAGUUCUUUUCUCUGAAAUACGUCCUACAUUGCUUAAUACUGGUUGGUGGUCCCCAAUCCAAAUACUAACCUGGGCUGACUCUGCUUAGCUUCUGAUAUCAGAUAGAAUCUGGUACCUUCAGAGUAUUUAUUUAGCAUUGCUCAAAAUAUGAGGUUUCUCCCAGCAUCCAAUAGCACCUUUCUUAGGGCCUGUUUUGUUGCCUGCUUUUGUUCCUAUAGGCCAGUGGUUCUCAACCUGUGGGUCCCCAGAUGUUUUGGCCUACAAGUCCCAGAAAUCCCAGCCAGUUUACCAACUACUAGGAUUUCUGGGAGUCGAAGACCAAAACAUCUGGGGACCCACAGGUUGAGAACCACUGCUAAAGGCUGUGAUGAUAUACUUCAAGGUCCAAAGGAUCUUACUCUUAAUCUUCUACUUUCCAACAGAGAAGAUGAUUUCAGAAUCUUUUCUCAUUUUUUCUGGAGUUGUAGGAAAGAACAUCUGUAUCUAAGAGGAUCUGUGUAUAUUUGCAUAGUAGAGGUGAGGUAUCUUUCCCUUUGUGUUCCUAGAAGUACCCUAAUAAAACUAUUUACUGUUGGGCAGGAGUGAGCAAAAUGCAGUUCUGACACAGCUCCCAAAAAAGCUGUUUAUGUGGCUCUAAACUUCACUAGUCUCCACAGACCACUUUAUUUCUGAGAUCCAGAGGUCAAAUUUGAAAUGGAUUUUUGGCUGUGUUCUCAAAUGUCUCUGUACAACUGGUUGGAAGCCUUUGAGUGCUGCUGUCCUUAGGCUGGAAUGUGGUGGUGUAUUUUUCUCAAAAGUGUUUGUGAUGUCUUAGAAUGGUUUUUUUUUUUUUGGUCUUGCCAUUUCUAUUAAAACCAUGAUUUAUAUAUUUAAAAA